GCAGUCUCUGUACAUAAAAAAAUCUCCUUUUACUUCAUGCCUUAUUUCCCAGCAAGUUAAGAAGUUGCUCUCUCUGUCUCUGUCUCUCUCUCUCUCCAGUAUUUGCUCUCCCAACAAUGGAAAAGCUUUCUGUAAUACUUUCCGUCUCUCUUCUCCUUUUUGUACCACUUUUUCAUGGAGGAACUGCAAAAACAGCGGCUGCUGCAGGAACCAUAGAUGGAUCAGAGGAGUGGGGCUAUGUUGAAGUCAGACCCAAAGCCCACAUGUUCUGGUGGCUCUACAGAAGUCCCAACAGAGUUGAGGAUCCCUCCAAGCCAUGGCCAACCAUUCUCUGGCUUCAGGGUGGACCUGGAGGUUCAGGAGUGGGGAUUGGGAAUUUUCAAGAGAUUGGACCAUUGGACACAAAUUUGAACCCAAGAAACUCAACCUGGUUGCAAAAAGCAGAUCUUUUAUUUGUUGACAACCCUGUUGGGACUGGAUACAGUUUUGUGGAAGACACAUCUCUGUUUGUGAAAAAUGAUUUGGAGGCAGCUGCUGAUUUGACAACAUUGCUGGUGGAGCUUUUCAACAGAAAUGAGAGCCUCCAAAAGAGUCCUUUGUUCAUUGUGGCAGAGUCCUAUGGAGGCAAGUUUGCAGUCACUCUUGGACUUUCAGCUCUCAAAGCCAUUCAACAAGGAAAGCUAAAACUUAGACUUGGAGGAGUGGCAUUGGGAGACAGUUGGAUCUCUCCGGAAGAUUUUGUGCUUUCUUGGGGUCCUCUGCUCAAAGACGUGUCAAGGCUUGACGACAAGGGAUUACAGGAAUCAAAUAAUGUGGCUCAAAGAAUUAAGCAACAGAUUCAGGAUGGUCAGUUAGUGGACGCAACCAAUUCAUGGAGGGAGCUUGAGCAAGUCAUCAUGUCUAGCAGCAAUGCUGUGGAUUUCUAUAAUUUUCUGUUGGAUUCAGGAAUGGAUCCAGUUUCAUCCUUGGCAUCAAUUCGCUAUAACCAAGGAAUCGAAAAAUAUUCAAUAUACCUAACUUCUUUAAGGUCUUCAGCAGGUGGCGGUAAAGGUGAUCUUGGUUCUUUGUUAAAUGGUGUCAUUAAAAAGAAGCUUGAGAUAAUCCCAGAUAAUGUGACAUGGGGAGGGCAGUCUCAUAACGUCUUCCCAGCCAUGGCAGGCGAUUUUAUGAACCCAAGGAUUCAUGAGGUUGAUGAACUCCUUGCUAAAGGGGUCAAUGUCACAAUAUACAAUGGGCAAGUUGAUCUCAUAUGUGCAACCAAGGGGACUGAAGCAUGGGUUGAAAAGCUCAAUUGGGAAGGACUCCCACAUUUCUUGAACAAGAGUAGAACCCCUCUUUAUUGUGGCCAAGAAGGAAUUACAAGAGGGUUCACCAGGUCGCACAAAAACCUGCACUUUUAUUGGAUUCUUGGAGCAGGACAUUUUGUACCUGUGGAUCAGCCAUGCAUUGCAUUGAACAUGGUGGCCGACAUCACGCAAUCACCUGCUCCUGCUGCUUCUACGUAGAAAACGAAACACGUAAUAAUAUCAAUGGCAGACAGACACUGUGUACAAGAAAAGACAGACUGCAGGCACACUACUACAGCAAAUAAGCAAACAAAAGAAAAAUGAUUGAUGGGGAGAGGACUCUGAGUACAAAGAGACGAGUCAACAAGCAAACCAAUAACCACGUGGGACACAAACAUGCAAUGAGGGGAAAAGCUGCGGACUCUGCAGGGUAGAUAGUUUUACUUUUAGUAAGAAACCUGGAUUGUCUGUCAUCUUCCAUCCUAUCCCUUUUUCAUCUUCUUUUAUUUUUAUGAUUGCCGUUAAGUUAAGUUAACAUUUUAUAUUCUCAUUAUUUUUGUCUUAUUAUUUUUAUAAAAAAUCAUUAAAAAUAUUAACGUGGCUUAAUCGUGACAACAGAAAUAAGAGGGAAUGGGAAGGACAGACAAUCCAGUUCCUUUCGUAAGAGGCUGCUGCAAUUUUUAUAUUUAAUUUUCAUUCUUCAAUCUUCAAUUGGUAUAUGGUCGAACAUUUCUAUUA